GAGCCCGGGGAGGGGCGGCAGAGCCGGGACGGGCUGAGCCCCGCGGGGAUCGGCCCCACAGCGCGCGGGGGCCGGGGCGGUGCGGGGAACCCCUGGGCCGGCAGCCCCGGAGCGUUACGGGAAUCGCAGGGCCGGGACCGAGACCGGGACCCAGGGGCGGCGCGGGAUGCGCGGUGCUCGGAGGGGCGCGGGGCCGGGAUGCCCGGGGGGAGCUGCGGUGCUCGGGCAGCGUUGCCCGAUUCUUCCCGAGGCAGCGGCGCGAUGCUCGGCGCCGAGCAGCCCCGGGUGUCAUUGGGGUCAGGGACCCCGGGGCUCCUCUGCUCCGCCGCCGCGCCGGAGCUCCCCAGGAAGUGCGGGGGACGCGGGGCCACCGGGCGGGGGUCUCCGGGGGCACACGGCCAUGCCGGAGGCGGUAGAGUGUGCUUGGGGGAGGCGAAUCCGCGGCGCUGGGAUCCGCCGCGUGAGAAGCGCCGGAGCCCCCCGGGCUCUGCCCCGCGCCGCAGCCCCUCCUCGCUGCCGUCCGGAGCGCGGGGCACCGCCGCUGGCAGAACGGUCCCGGGGGGCACACGGGCAGGGAGGGCUCCGGCAGCGCCCGCCUCGCUGCUGCCCCUCGUUAGCAGACACGUCCGUCAGCGGAGCCGGGCUGUGUUUGACACGCGCACACGCGAUGCCGGGGCUGUCACUUCGGGUACCGCACGCCGCGCUGACGCGGGGACGGCCGCCGGCGCCAGAGGGAGGGAUGCAGCCCACGUUGCUCCCGGCAGCUCCCGGCGCCGUGCGCUCAGCUCAAGGCCUUCGCGUGAGCAGCCGGGCGGGGUGAGACGUGAGGGCACCGCGCUCCGGGGCUGCUCGGCUCCCCUCCUCCCGCAGCGGGGGCUGCAGCCCCUCGCAGGGCCGCGGGGGUCAGCAGGAGGGUCCGCACGGAGCCGUCGUUUCGGUCAGAGCGCAGGCGGAUGCGCAGGGCGACGGCUGAGAGCCGGCCGUGCAGCUGUGCCCGCACGGGGGUGGUGAGUGGCUGCGUGCUCGUGGCGGGGCAGAGAGUGGUGUGUCAGCCCACGGCCCUCCGCUCUGCUGGCCUGCAGGGAUGGGCCCUCCUGGCCACUGGGAAUGCUGGGUGCAAGCUGUGCACUGCCUGCAUCCCCGUGAGCCCAGCAGGCGGCUCCAGGCAGCAGUGGGCACAGCCCGGUGGUCCCGCUCAGCUCCUGGUGGGGGUCGUGUCUGCUGCACUCUGAAUCCAUCCAGUGCAUGUGGAGCAGCAGAACAGGUUUAAACACGGGAAUUCCUUUAGACAGAGGUUAUCUUCUUGAUGAAUUAUAAUUAUUAUAAUUGCUUAAUAGUAUGGUAGUGCUCAGAGGCCACAAAUAAUGAGUGGGUUCAUUUCCAUCUGCAGUAACAAUGCUUCAGUCGAAACCAGUGCUUCUGGACGGUGUGCGGCUCGUGUGCUUAUAGCUGUGAUCCAAAUCAUCCUGGCUGUAUUGUGGGUGGGGAAACUGAGGCACGUGGCGCAGAAAGACACUCACUAAUUCCCAAAUUCCCCUGGCAGCGAGUGUUGUCUAAGGCACAUAAAGAUACAGGGGGGGGUUCCUGCUGGAUGGCAAUGGGAAUCCACUUAAAGGCAGGAAUUUGUAUUCUGAGACAACGUUCUCCGCACCGGUGAUGGGAGCUGCAGCCGCAGCAGCCUGAGCUCCCACUGCCCGCACAGCAGUGGCUGCUCUUGGGGCUGCAGUGUGUGUGUGGCAUUGGGAUGGGGCACUGCUCCAUGCAGGGCUGUGUGCUCGGGGCUGCAAUGGGGCCGUGCAGCCCCCCAGGGGGCUGAGCCCCCCUGGACAGGCACACACAAAGCACAGCAUUGUGACCAUCUGCCUGUGAAUGCUGGGCGGCAGAACCUUUCCAGCUUCUUCCAGAAAUGUGCUCUGCAGGCAGCUUGAAGCUGUCUGAAAACAUCCUGGUGUGCAGAGGAGCUGCGGGGCUCCCCAGCCUGCAGGCUGCUGGUGAUGCUGUGGCUCCAGAUGCAGCCCCAUCCUGGCACUGUGAGGGGCAAUGCUUCCCUCCAUGAAAGCUGUGAGAUGCCUUGUGAUGCACUGAGCCUCCCAUGACCACGAGCCUUCAGGCCAUGUCCUAUUUCAUUUGUCCUGUAAUUACUUCGGGGCAGAGCCAGCCCAGCCUGCAGGAUCUCCGGCCAGGUCUCACAUCAGGUGAUUCCCCACAUUCCUGUACCUGCAAGGGCUGUGUCUGAGACUGGAGGAACAUCGUACUGCCCACACCAUGUGCUGGGAAGGCAGCAGCCACACCAUCCGUUGUUCUUUCAUGCCCCCCACGAGAGGCAGCCGAGCAGUGCUGCAGCGAUGCUCUCAUAAAGCACAGCCUUGGGAUGGGAAGCCACCUCCUCCCCUCUCCCUGCUCCACACACGCUGUCUGUGAGGUCUGUGCUCCUCUAUGCUCCUCUGGGCAGGUCACUGCCUCCACAUGUCUCAUCUGAAAUGGUGACAGUGCGCUCCUCUGCACUGCAAAGAGGUGGGAGUGAAGGCAAUCCCAGCGAAGGCACCGGCACUGCUGCCACGACGGCUGUGUUAGCCUUGGAGACAGAGAACGAUUUGGCCCCUGUGAGCUCCUGAAAGCCUCCUGCAAAGGCUUCGUAUGUUGCUGCACCUCCAAGCCACAUCGAGUCCCCGUCCAACUGCACCCAUGCACAUGAGGUUGAAAGAAAGGAUGUGAUGGUGCGAUGACAAGAGGUGCCGGGAGGACAUCGUUGCCUCUUCCGUGGUCGUUGGAUUCCCAUCUCUGGGCACAGGCUGCAGGACCCUGCAGUUGGCAUUGGGGCACAGGGAGCACCUGCCUUCUCCCGGCCCCGGGGCUGGGAUGUGACUCAUUUUCCUGCAGGGCCCUUCAGCCAGUGACCUAAAUAAAGAUGGAUGCACGCAGAUCACUCGGCUCAUGCGAGCUGCCACUUCCACCAGGCACCUGCAGCCAAAAAGGGGCUGCUGUGCUGGUGGGGCUCCUCCACAGCACCCGCAUGGCGUUGGCUGUCAGUGUGCAUGGCUCCAUCACAGCGCUCUGCGGCCAUCCUCAGACUGACAGGGUUUUGGUUGGGCCACGGAGCUGCAGGAGCACUGUGUCAGGCGGUGCUGUGAACGCUGCAGGUAUGGGGCAAUGGGAGCGACGGGUGCUGCUGGGACCUGGGAACCACCAGCACAGAGCGGUGGGAUGUGGCACACGAGGGCUCUGUGCUGAGGGGGAGCAGAGCUGCUCGAGAGAAGGCACAGCACUGGCCCAGGCACAGAUGGGGGAGAUAAAGUGGCCGUGAUGAGGUGCCUGCAGGAAACCAGGAGGUCUGCACGCCUCCAAACAUGGGGUGAUGGAAGGGCCUCCAAGAGCAGCUGUGAGGGCAGGGCACGUGCUGGCUUCGUGCUGGCACUGCCUCUGUGAGGAGCUGCGUGCUGGCAUUGCUGACCAACGCGCCGUCAUCCACCCUCGAGCCCCGUGGAUGCUCCAUGCUGAGCACAAACACACCAAGUCCUCUUGGAGCCAAGUUGGGAUGAAGUCCUGCUGCUGACUGCUGCGCUGUGCACCUGGCUGCUGCCCGGCCAUCGGCUGUGAGCACACACCUCACCCCGCUGCCUCCCACUGCCACAGCACUUCAUGCCAUGUCUGAGCUCAGGGGCAGCAAAGGCUCUGUCCCAGGAGGAGCCAUCGCACCCCGUAGUAGGGGCGGGUAAUUAGCUGCUCUCCUCUGCAGCUCCAGAAGUAGAUGAUUUCCUCUCUCAUAAAUCUAAUCUCCUGGCUUCCUGCGUCUUGAGGAGAAGAUUUAUGUGUCUGCUCUGGUUUUCCUUCUUCCACAGACGUCGCCAGGAGGAGGAGGUGGAGGAUGGGUGCAGAAGGGCCCCCAGCAGGGCUGGCAGGGUGUCCUGUCCUUGGUGUCCUGUCCGAGGAGCCUAGAGCUGGGACCCACAGUGUGCCGGGCGGGGUGGCAUCAGGCAGCAGGGAUCCACGGUGUGCUGGGCACUGUGACUGCAGGGUGGGAUCCAGCACUGCAGUUUGGUGGUGGUGGCGGUGGCCAGGAGAUGGGGACCCCAAUGCCUCCAUGGCUCCAGGUGCCAAUCAGCCCAUGGGACACCCAUCUCCACUGCCCCGAGCAUCCUGUGCAGCCAGAGAGCCCACGCUGAGGUGCUCCUGUCAUUUACUGCAUUAUGGUGGCGUCAUCUGAUUUUGUCCAUAAAUCACUUGAUAUGAUCUACUGCUUGUAAUUGAACAAGAGGAGGAAAACACUCAGACCUUAAAUAAUUGUCAGGAGAGCAUCCAUCACCACCUGAAUCUUGUCCAAGUUGCUCUGGCACCGAUGGCCUCACCUUUCAGGAAGGCCCUUCCCCAUCUGGAAGCGAUGACCUCUGGCUCUCAGGCACUGUUCUGUUGCGCUUAUCUGCGUGGCUGCAGAGCAGAGCCGCUUCCCACCGCUGAGACUGCUUUCUUGCAGUGCUCUUUCCUUGAUGCCCACAUGACACCGUAUUUGUCAUUCUCAUUCCUUAUCCUUCUCUCAGUCUCCACAUCAUCCACAAAUACUGCCAGUGCUGGCUUUUCCUCUUUGAGGUCACUGACUCCAGCAUUACUGCGGGGCUCAAUGCCCCUCUGCAGGACCUGGCCAGCAGCACGGCUCUUUGGUGCUGGGUGCUGGAUGGUUAUGUCUUGAGACAUGCUGGUUGGCCUGGCUUUAAUCCAUUUAAUGCGUGGCACAUUGCUUUCAUAUCUUUUUGGUUUCUCCAUGAAAAUGUCAAAUGCCUUACAGAGAUCUAAGAAGGCUUUUACCUUCGUUGACCAAACGGGGAAUCUCAUCAAAACAGACAGCAAAUGGGUUUGAUGAGCUGUGUUUCCCAGAGCCCCGUGCAGGCUGGCACGGCUGGUGUGCGCUGCUGUCCUUCAGCUGUUGUUACUCAGGCUCUGAGCUCGUCCCACUGCUGCCCUCGGUGGUGCUGUGCUGGUGGUCCCUGCGCCCCUCCGCCUCCAGUGCAUCGUCCCACAGCUCUCCUGAGGUCUGGAUGCCACCAUCACACGCGGAUCUGGGAGAGGAGAAGGCACUGUGGCACUGAGGCUUCCCUGCUGGGUUGCUCCACUGCACAGCGGUGCCCGUGGCUCUGGUGGUGCCUCACCUCCAGGAGUGGUUGCUCCACGUUUGUGCACGUUGGUCUGGUUGGACAAGCAGGCAGGGUGGGCAGAGCCAGCCUGCCCUCCUCAACACGGCUCUGCUGGCACAGCUGGGCACAGGGACUCCCAGCCCCUCGUGCACCGUGCCUACAGUGCACGGACAGAAGCAGGGCACUGGGAUGGCUCAGUCCUCUCUGCCUCCUGCUGCGGCCUUGGGCACUGUGCAGCCCGAGGGUUUAACACCAGUGUGUCUGUGUGUGCUGGGCAUGAGGUUGGGAUGAUGGCGUGAGCAGCCCCCAGGCUUGCUCUGGAGCAGGGACUGUUGGAGGGCUGCAGGCACAGGGUGCCUGAGGACAGCUCAGCCAUCGUGCAACUCUCAUCCUUCAGCUGUCCCCUCCCAUCUGCCCAUUCCCGUGGUCCUGGCCAUCCUCCUGCAGAGAGGAACACCUGGAACAGCUGCAGCCCUGGGCUCAUCCCCGAAGGGGCUGCUGUGGUUUUAGGACCCCAGAAAGGCUUCACCGUGUUGUUCAGCAAGGAGCAGAGCCAUCUGUGCCUUGCUCUGGGGAGGGUGACAUUAACAAGGGACACUUCUUCUCCUGUGCCCUCAGUCUGGGAGCUCUGGUCUUUCAUAGGGUGCCUUGGUGCAGGAGCUGUGGGCACAGGAAGGUGGGUGGGAUACAGUGCAUCGGUGUGCGUGGGCCUGAGCACCACCUCUCUGCAAACAUGCUGGAAGAGAGCAGCUGGAGAGCCCCGAUGUGCUGAGCGCUGGGUGCCUGUGCUUCCUGCACAGCCUCUCCCAGUGGCCUUUUCUCCGCAUCCAAAAUGUCCCUGGAGCUGUGCUUCCAGCUGGAUCUGUCAGCAGAGAUGUUUCCUUCAUAUUCAGCUCUGGUACAGGGGGUGCAUGAGAUGCAGCAGUGCUUGGUCGCGUGGUCCUGGUUCAGCCCCCAUCAGGAUUCAUUAUUAGCAGUGGGAGAUGCAGGAGUGCCAGGAGCAGCGCCUGAGCACAGCACUAAACCUGGCCGUACCGUAAUGCAUAUGCAGAAGGACGAGCGGGAGGGUCCAAGCUUUUGGUGUCUGACAGCCUCAGAACUGUUCUCCAAAUGCAGUCAGCGCAUGUAUAAUUUAUUGGCUUUCUCUUUGUCCUUGUGCCGUGCCUCAGAUCUCCAGCGGUGCUCGGUUCGGAGGCGCAGGGUGCCUCGGCAGAGCGCUGCUGACUGACAGCACCGCGUUGGCUGCGUGGGCAGUGGAGCGUGCUGGGGUUGUUCUGUGGCCCACACCGUGGGUUUGCAGGGCCAUGUGUGCCCACAGUGCCCGGGUCGUGUCCACGGUGCUCUCGCCCUGUGCUGGGCUGUGGGAGUUCCUGACAGCCUCCUGGCACUCCGUUCUCUGGGGGCGCUCCCCGGGCUGUGCUGGAGCCGGCCCGCGGGCAGGAGGUCAGUGCAGCACAGGGAUGUGCCCACGUGUCCAUACAGGAGAUGCACUCAGUGGCAGUGCACCAGCACGGCUGUCGCUGGACACCACUCCUACACCGUGGGGCUGGAGCGGGUCCUGUGGUCCCAGCAGGUCUGCCCCAUCCCGGUCAGCCACCCAGACCAGCGGUGGGCACGGGUCCGCUCCUCCCUGCCACACACCAGCCCCAUGUGGCAGUGAUCCCACUCCCCAGCUCAGCCUGUCCAUACCAACAAGAUGCCCCAUCACCUCCUGCCUCACAAACACCUCCGGUGCUGGCACAGCUGGGAGGCAGCGGUGCAUGGAGCAGCAUCCUGACAGCACUGGGCGAGGGGCAGCAGUGAGAGGUGCAGAGAUGUGCAGUGUGUGGCACCUGCACUGCUUUGGCACAGCUGGGUGCUCACUGAGCUCCUGCUGGGUCCCAGGACAGGCAUGGAAGCCGGCACCAUCAGCUCAUGACCGGCACACAGGGACUCUGGGCCACAGUGCUGAGACAGCUGCUCUGGUACAGUGAGAACCAGGCACGAAAGUGCAGGAAGGCAGGAGGGCUGCAGGGCAAAGCAACCGUCCCUGUGGGCCUCUGUGGGGCUCAGGGCUCUGCUGGCUGUGGCGGGUGGGUGCCAGGUGCAGAAUGCAGGCACUGCAUGGUGCCACGGGGCGCUGUGUGCCCCAGCAGGGCAACGGGCCAGGCAGUGGUGGGUAAUUAGUAUGGGCAGGAGAGCCGGAUGGGUGCGGGGGCUCAGUGCUGGUGUGGGGGCACAGCUGGGGCGGGGCUGGGAAGGAGCUGUGCCCUCCCUGCUCGGGGAGGGGAGCCAUGCAUAUCUGUGUGCCAUUGAUGGCAGGAUAGGGAUGGAGUCCACCCGUCCCCACGUCUGAGCUCCCCGUGCCCCAGGGCUGUGCCCGUCCCAUCCUGCUGUGCCUGUCCCAUCCCGCUGUGCUCCCCACACCCUCCAAACACGAGGUACCGAGUCCCAGCAAGGCAGAGCUAUUUUUAACGGCUGCUUCUGCUUGAUUUGAGCUGUGAACUUGUAACGUGUUUAUGCUAAAGGGGUUUCUUUUUUUCCCUUCUCCCUUUGUGCUGAGGAGGCAGUGCCAGAGAUCAAAGCUUGUCUCUUUGCGUUUGGUGAUGGCCACGCGGGAUGGAGGGCGGGAGGAUGCACGGGGGCCGGGAGCUCCGCGGGGCAGCGGGAGACAUCCCGGACUACAGGAACGGUGGGGGCAGGGCCGGGUCACCCGCCUCUCUCUGUCCCCGCAGGUCAGGGAGCCGGGAGCCAUGCACGGGGCCGGACGGCAUCCGGAGCUCCGCGGAGCUCAGCGCAGAGAGCUCUGAGCGCAGCGGACGUCGGCGGGAUCAUGGGCUGCCAGCGGGGAGGCACGAUGCUGGGCAGGGCGCUCGGGCCGCCCGCGUGCCGGAGGCUGUAGGUGCGGGAGGUGGGCAGCAUGCCCUGCAGCCCCGCGCCCGCCUCCUGCGCGGCAUCCCCUCUGCGCGGCGGUGCGGGAUGAGGCCGCCCGCCGCCCCGGGCAGCUCCGGGGACGGGCACGGCGCAGGGGCCGCGGCGGCGGGGCUGUGAGCCAUGCUCAGCCGGGAUCCCGUGCCCUCCGGCGAGGGCGGCCAGGAGAAAGCCAUGACGGUGCGCUCGGUGCUGCUCAACCGCGACUCGCCCGACAUCGAGAGCCGCCUGCAGCGCCGGCGCAACCGCACGCAGCAGGUGCGCUUCAAGGACCUGGUGGAGGGCAGCUCCCCCCCAGCGCCCGCCCCCGGCCCCAACACCCCACGUGCCUCGCCGCCCCCCAGGGCCCCCCCUGAGCCGGCGGCUCUCUGUGCCUCGCGGCGCAGCUGGCCCCAGGCCCAGCCGUGCUCGCUGACGCUGCCCAUGCCCGGGAAGUCGUGCGCCAGCGCUGCCAUCCAAACCUCCCCCAGCCUGCAGAAGCCCUUCCCGGCCCCUCGGCCCCACAGCAGGAGCGUCUGCGAUGUGGCCGUGGACACGGGGCUGCUCGCCGCCCUGGGGAGCGCCCGCUGCCCGGGGGGAGCUGCGCCCACCGCCUCGACGCGGGCCGUUCCCCCGCAGACGCCCGCAGCCGAGCGCGCCCCCUCCCUCGCCCCGCACCCCGCAGCGUGCCGCGUGCCGCCGCCACCGCCCAGGGAUCCCCGCCCCCCACACCCGGGCACGGCCGGGUGCCCCGCUGCCAGCUGCACCCCCUCGGCCAGGAGCUGCUCCGCCGAGCCCUGCGCCCGGCCCGGCGGGACCCCCAGAGGUGGGCGGGGGCCCCCGCAACGUCCGGCCUCCGUGCCCUGCGCCCAGUCUCAGCCUUCCUCUGAGCUGUGGGUGCUCGGCCGCAGCGACUCGGAGCACAGCCUGCCCCGCGGGCACCGCCAGCCGCCCCUCCUCCACCAGCCAGCUCAGGGCAACCCCCCCCGCGACCCCUCGCCACCCCGGCACCGGCUCUGCGGCUCGCCCUGGGGGAGGCCCUGCUGCACCCCAGCGCCGGGCUGGCACAGCUCUGCCACCGCUGCACUGGAGACCACACCAGCUGCACCCGGCCAUCCGGACACGCAGGAUAUCUGUAGCCAGCUGCGGGCUGCCGAGCCCGGCCACGAGCAGGCAGCUCCGGAGAGGCACAAGGGACCCCCACACGGCGUCAGCACAGUGGUGCAGCCCGGUGGGCGCACGCCGGAGCCCCCCCAGCAUGGGCAGCCCUGCCUCAGCACCCAGCAAUCGGAGACGCUACGCCACGUGCAGGACCUGCUGCAGAUGGUGGUGGCAGCCAAGGGGACGCCGGGAGCCACGGCGGGGGAUGAGCAUGGCCACACAUCUCAGGGACAGGGGGCACAGGGGGACCUGCAGUCCCAGCUGCAGUCCCUGGAAGGAGUGCUGGAGACCAGCCAGCAAACCAUCCGCGUGUUGCUGGACGUCAUCCAGGACCUGGAGAAGAAGGAGGCCCAGCGGGACGGGCGGCACUCGUACCGGACGGGGCAGGACAUCGCCAACUGCGGGACGUGCCGGGACUGCGCCUGCAUCAUCUACAGCGUGGAGCACGACUUUCGGCAGCAGGAGGGCCGCUUCCAGCGGGUGCUGAGCCACAUGGAGGGCGACGCAGCACACAGCAGCCCCACACCGGGACCCGUCCCCCCCGCCCGGCGGGAGCCUUCACCCCCUGCGAAGCUGGACGCCAAGAAAUCCCGGCGCAAGUGCUUCUGGUUCCUGUGAGCCCCAGCACUGACACCGGCUCCUGCCUCCUCUCCCUCCCUCUGACGUUAGGGUUUGGGUAGCACCAGCUUUUAUAUUUUUAACCGUUCCGUUUAACAUACUGAAGAACCCGUGUAAAUAAGAGGGGGGUGGGAGCAGCGGCUGUAUUGAUGGAGAAACCAAUAAAUUCCAGGGAGACGCUAUUUUUGUUACACCCUCUCCUGGCUGUGCGCUUCUGUUCUGGAUGCAGCUGAAGCUGCCCUCAGCUCCACAUCGGUGCUGGGAUCCCAUCCUGGCCACAAGCAGCCCCGUGGCUCCAGCAGGUCCUGGGAGACCCCACUGUACAGUGGGAGCACUAUGAGAGCCCUGCGCCCAUUGCCAGGGUGGAGAAGGGCAGGAGAGAGGAGCUCCGGCGCGGGCAGACUGGGACCCAGGAGUGCUGCAGCUCUCAUAGAAUCAGUCGCCGGGGUUGGAGAAGCUCUCCAAGAUGCCCGGCCCCACCCCACUGUGCCCACUGACCGUGUCCCCCAGUGCCACAUCUCUGUGGUUCUGAACACCUCUGGGGAUGGUGACCCCCACUCCCUUGGCAGCCCAUGCUGGUACCCAACUGCUCUGCAGGAGGAGAAAUUAUUCCUAAGAUCCAACCUGAGCCUCUCCUGAUGCAGUGUGAGACCACCUCCCCUCCCCGAGCUGCUUUCUGUCCACUGAGGCCAUUGUGUACUGGGGUCACCGUGCAUCCUGGCCGUCCCUGCAGCUGCAUGGGAUGGAGCUUCCCCUCCCUGCACAGCUCAGGGCAGGAGCUGACCCCCUCCUGCUCUGUGUCUGGCCAGGCCCCCACUGAAGGAUGCACCAGCUGAUUACAUGGGGGCAGAAUUCAGCAGCUCAAAUAUUCCAACCUGCAAAAGGAGCAACUCAGCAUCGAUGUAACGAUGGCUCUGGAUCAGAGCGGUCAGCAGCAGCAGCAGCUCGGGCUGGGGGCUGCAAGCAGUGGGGUGAAAGCCUGGGACUGUGACAGCACCAUGAAAGGGAUGAACUAAGGUGAGAAAGCUGCCAGACAGCAUUUCUGGAGCACAGCAGGGCCAGAGCGGGGGAAGAGGAUCGCACAGAGAAAGUGAGGCUCAGCCAAAGCUCUGCUCUCCAUCUCCUUGCGUUGCGCAUCAGGCCGUGCUCCGGCAGCCAGCGCUGCUCGUUAUCUCUGUCACAGCCCCGUAGGUAGCUUCAAACAGCUCUUUUUUUGCUCUCACUUCCUCUGGCACUGAAUCAUGCAUUCUGAGAACAAAGGCUAAAAGCGAGAUGAUACCAAACCCAACCCGGCACGCAUCGCCUGCCUGAAUCCACCUGAAUCACAACCAGCAACUGCUGGCACAGUCUGGCACAGCCUUAUACAGCCCAACACAGCCCCAGCACAGUCCAGCACAGUCUGGCACAGUCCAGCACACCCCAAUACAGCCCAGCACAGAGCUACUUGCAGCCAGAUAUAUAGGAGCGACAGCACCCUCCACCAUCUCAGCAAUGGGGCCACUCCAUGAGCACAGAGAUGCUGUCUGGAAUAGCUCCUGAAGCAGCAUGCCAGCACUCCUCUGCCAGUAGCAGCAGCGUGGCCAGUGAGAAGGAAGGUCCCAUCCUGCCCAUAGCACCUUGGUUUAGCUACG